AUCAUUACCAGCACCAAUUGCAACAGCCCACAUCGCCCCAAGAUCGAGACUGAGGAGUAUAUAUCUACCUAGUCUCGAUCCCCUUUUGCUGCCAUGAUCCAACCUCAGUUCCGCACCCAAUUGCGGGUUCUCGACUCCCUCUUCCUCCCAUCCACAUCUCUCCUCUGCAACCAACAAUCCACACGAUCUCUAUCACAUCUCUCACGGAGAACGGCCCGCAGUCUCAGUGGUACGGCGCUCUCUCCUCCCUCCACCUCUCGCUCCUCUAUUCUCCUCCUUCAACAACAGCGACCACCCCAAUUUCCAUCCCGCACCACCAUCCACCAAACCCAGCUUCAGGUCCGCUAUGCCUCCCACGCCACCCAAGGCCGUGCCAACAACGGCACGAAAAAUGGCGCAGGCAGGCGUCUCGGCGCAAAAAAGUCCGGGGACCAAUAUGUGAUUCCUGGAAACAUCAUCUUCCGCCAACGCGGCUCCAAAUGGUUUCCUGGCGAAAACUGUGGCAUGGGCCGCGACCACACCAUCUACUCGCUCGCCACGGGCUAUGUCAAAUACUACACUGAUCCAGCGCGCCACCCAGACCGCAAAUACAUCGGCGUCGCCUUUGAUAAAUCCGACAAGUUCCCCUUACCCCGGAACGCCAUUACCAAGAGACGGCUUGGGAUGGUGGCCGUCCCCAGGGAUAUUGAGCAGGAGAAGGCUAAUAAGGCGGCCAAGGAGGCGGAAAUUGUGCCUACGCUUAGACCGGGCUAUAUGUACCGUGUUGCCAACUGGCAGAUUGGUCGUGUGGCGGAGCGUGCGGGGGUUAAGGUGCCUGAGUGGAAUAAGAAGGAUCGUUUUGCCGCGUGGAGGAGGAGGAUGGAAAGGAGGAAGAUUGCGGCGCAGUUGAAGGAUGCUAAGUCGAAGAGGAAGGGGAAGAAGAAUAAAGCAUAGCUGUAGAGGGGUCAUGUUUGAAUAAGAAAAACGGAUUCGUGACAGCUUUAUUCUUCUGUUGGUAGACGGAGUUGCAUUUUAUUUUAUUUUUUUAUUGUAUAUUAGAACGAGAGGACUUUGGCUGGAAUAUAUUUUCUUUCUUGAAUAUAUUUUCUUUCGUUAUACUUUUUAAUCUUAUUCAUGAACAUGUACUCCGAACAUUAUCCUUCGUAGCUUCCGAAUGCCUGAGCACAUGUCGACUCAAUGAAAAUGCGAAAUGGCUAUUCACACAUGCAUACAGCGGCACCGGUCAUUAAGGGAAGAAGAGAAAGAAGAAAAAGUAAAAAGUAAUCUGCCCAAGCCAACCCGGAAACCUCUCUAGGUGAAAAGAAGCUGAACUGGG